GUUUUUGCCAAAAAUUCAGAGCUCUUUUGAACACUUAAAUUCUCGGAUGGAGGAACCCUGUUUCUAAUCGGACAAAACAGCUCGAGAGGUUUAAUAAGUACAUUAAAAAUUUUAGUUUUUCCAAUUCAGUAAUACGACCAAAAAUCUUCUGGAGAUCUCUGAACAAUAUAAUUUGACAGAUGAGAUAAGAGAAUGGAAGAGAAUCAUUUUAUGUGUCCAACAAUCUGACCUGAGAGAUUCCAGUAUGCUCAAUGCUGGGAAUAGAAGCACAGCCUUUCCCAACAAAAUAAGAAGCAGCCUGCAAAAAUCUCCUAAAAGAGACUAGAUGGAAGGAAAGCCUGGGAAUGCGGGAGGAGACGGAAAGAAGAAAGGUUUUGCACCGUUUGCAUCCCUCGAAGAUUUAAGCGAUGAAAGCCCCCCAGAUGAUAAAUGUAGACUCACCCUGCCGGGAAUAAAGGAAGACCAGACGCCUGCUGGGUCAGGCUCUGGUCAGAGGCCGAGCAUCACUCCUAGGAUCGACAUUUCCAGAGCGAGCAGCUCCUCCCAUCAUGACGACAGCAGCCCUGAAAGAGAGCUCUUUGCAGGUGUGGAAGGAGCCAGUGGAUCUAAAAUCGGGCUCGGUUUUUCUGAAGAAAUGGCCAUGGAGUUGAGAAGCAGCACUGAGGAAUUGGAUUUUCAAGACCCUGAAGAAGAGAAAAAAACGAGAAGAAAAAAGUUGCACCAUCAACAACAAGCUGUAGGCUUCAAACAUGUGACUAAAUAUGAUUUGGAAGCGCAAAGUGAGAAAGAGAGCCAAGAAAGAAAAGACUCGGCUUGUAGCGAAGGUGGAUUGCUUUUGCUCGGCGGAAGGACAAGUAGGUUAUCGUCUAUUGGAUCGGUAGCCUCUGGAGGAUCGGUAGCUUCACAUGUAUCUGGAGGCUCAGGGGUAUCGGGCAACUCUCACCUAUCUGCAGCGUCUCGUGUUUCAGGGCAGUCUCAUCUUUCUGCAGUUUCUAACUAUUCAAAAGCGUCGAGGUGCUCUUCUCCCCAUCGCAUGCUCCUCGAAACGUCUUUCUGUGGUCCAAAACCAAUUCCCACUGUAAGCUUAGAGGCCGAAUACCCCCCUAACGAAAGUGUAGAAGCGACGUUGCUCGCCAGAAAAACCGACAUCACCGGUGCUGUACUCCCACCUGACGAAUCGAUCAAAAUGCCAGCGAGCAGUACAAAUAAAGCUUUUACCGGAAAAGCUACGUUGAAUGUUAGAAGUGGAUCCAGUAAAAGCGGAAAUUUAGAAGUGAGGACAAAACCAAGAUCGGCCAGCGAACGGUUGUCAAAACCAUCAGGUGGGACCCACUCCGUUCAACCCAGGAGUAGUUCAGCAAGAGCCAAUUUAAAACAAUCUAGACCGAAGCCAAAGAAAGAUGAAGACGCCUUAGUACGUAUUAUACCUCUCCAUGGAUCUAUCGACGAACCCGAAGACGCGGAUCAAAGUGAUAAGGAAGAAGAAAAAACCGAGGAAACUGCUGCGGAUCCCGACGCUUUCACCCCUGACUACGGCAUAUACAUUCCUCUGAAGGGACCAAUUAUCGACUACAGCAAAACAGACGAAGCUAAACAAACCAAACCAAAACUUGAAUCCACUAAAAGCAAUAAACCGGAAAUCGAAGAAAGUGAUUUGGUUCGCUUUAUCUCAUUACACGGAGACGACGAUGAAGAAAUUCAAAGAGAAAAGACUGAAAAUGCAAAAAAAUAUAGCUUUAGAAACGGCCAAAAUGUGCAGUUUAAACCUUGGCCGGAUGAUAGCCAUGCCAACGCACAACGGGAAAAACAGGUUCCAAAAAAACCUCGGAGCCCCGAACCCACGAGUAAGUCUAGCAAGCCCACUACUUUAAAUAUUUCAUCAAAAAAUGGAAGGCCGGCUCAAAGUAUGACACAAUUGCCAAGGGAAGAAUCUAAAACACCCUCUCCUGCCGCUUCCUUCGCUAGGGGAGUUAAUUUGUUCCGAAGAAGUUCUGAUUCAUACGGUAGUUGUAAAAAAUCUACACUAGCGUCAGGUUCGUCAGACAGAUUGAAAAAGGAUGUGCGCAAUAAAUCGAUGUUCAGCGCGUUUUUCAAAAAGAAUGUCAAAGAAAUCCCGCCACCCACUCAUCAAAAGCGGUCAGCUCAUGAGAAAACUUCCAUCGAUCCAAACAUCACAAAUGUAGAAUUUAAAUUCAAACAUGAGAAUGUCGAUUCGAUAAUAAUCCCACUGCACUCGCCUGACAGUAUUACGGAACCUCUGAUGAAGUACGAUCCGGAAGCGAUCAGCGUUGUCGAGGAAACUGAAGUUAAACCAAAAAAAAAUGUACAGAAGGAAUAUUAUGAGCAGAAAAGCCCAAUAAUGCCACUGUCAGAAAACCACAUUUCAGGAAAAAGUAUAGUAAUAGUUGAUGUGUCUAAAGAAGAUAGAAAAGAGAUAGUUAAAGAUACGCCUGCAGUAGUUGCUAUUCCUCAGCCAAUCGCUCAAGAAAAAACACAUUCUAAAAAAAUAGAAAGAUUAGAGUUAGAAGAUUUAGAAUAUGAACCGAGGGUUCGAAAAUCUAUAAGUCAUUCUUCUACGAAGGAAAUAGAAGAGGAAAAAGUGGUAAAGGUUCAAAAAGAAGAAACCCAAAGUUCAGAAAAUAUAAUAAAACCUUUAGAAAGUGGUGUAAUUGUUAAGAAAAAGGAAGAAGUUGAAACUGUCAAAAUAGAAAAAUUACAAGUAGAAGUUGUUCAAGACCCGAUUAGAAUAGUUAAAACAUCAAAGACCCCGAUGGAAAGCCUUGUUAUAUCACCGAGUGAAGAAAAACCUUUAUUGGAAGAAAUGAUUAGUGACAGAUCCCAAGGGGAUGAAGUUAUUAAAGACGAAACAGAAGAGAGAAGAUCUUCUGAGUCAGAAGUUGAACAAUUACCAGUAGAAAAACCCAAAGAAGAAUGUGAUGAAGAAAGGAAAGGACUCUUUUUACAAACCGAUUCUGUAGAAGAAGAAUUGCCUUAUGUACCAACAACACUCCCACAAGAAAGAUCAGUGGCAAUGCCGAUAAUACCGAUAAGGCAGAGAAUGUCAGAAGUCAAGACAUGCCCGGUUGAAAGGCCAAGAUCAACGACACCGAUACAACCCUCCAAUUUAGAAGAAUAUGCUGCAACCCAUGAUGGUACGAAACCGUCACAAAGUGAAAAGAUGCAAAUUACUCUUCCAAGAACUGACUCUUUAGGAAGAUCUAGAAGUCCGGGGAAACCGAAGCCUUGGAUGCAAUUUGCAGAAGAAUGCUUACAAAGCCCAAAAGAGACGCGCAAAGGAAAAACGACAAAAUCACCUCCGCCGAACACGCCCCCUCCUCUGCCCCCUAGAAGUUCUGGGCCUUCUUCCCAAUGGGUAAUGUUUGACGAACAACCGGAGAGAAGGAGAACCCCUAGGAGGAUAACCACCCUGCCCUUACGUCAGCAGCAAUCUUCUUCUAGUGUUGUAUAUAGCUAUGUUAACCCCGAAGAGUGCAGCUGCGAAUGCCACGAAUCCCAGGGGAAAGUGAUAAGUGCUCAGUGCUUAACUGACUCGGAACAAUGCUCUUAUAAGAAAGGGAGUAGGACAGAAAAAGAAAAGCGCUAUCGAACUUAAAGAAAUUAAAAAUUUAUUAAAAAAACAAAACAUCCUUGUUUACAAUUGCCUUUAUGUCAUAGAUUCUAGCAAACAAAAAAUAAAAUAAAUGUUGUUGUUUAUUAAUAA